CAUUUGGAAGAGGAGGAGGCGAAUGGCGUGCAAGGAAGGCAGCGUGCCUGCGACGGUGUCCCAAGACCUCCUUUCUGUGGGGAGCCGAGGAGGUAUUCAUGAGACGCUACUGCUCUAUUCAAAUCAUGCUAAAAAGAAAGCCACAAGCUUACAGACAGCCAGACUGCCAAGGAGCAAUAUUUUGGAUAGAGUACAGACCUUUCUACCACAGAUGGCCAGUGCAAAUGACAAGCUAAGGAAACAAAUGGACACCACAUCCAUUGAGGAGUUUGAUAUUGAACACCUAGAUCCUUCUACUGAAAAUGUAAUUGAAAUGAAUGUGGCUUUGGUUGAACUGGAUGAUUCUGAUACAGAAGAAGAGGAUUCAAAUUCAGAGGAGGAGUCUGAAGGCGAGGACAGCUCCGUCUGUGAUGAAGUGACUGUAGACAACCUCAAGCUCCCAGAAUCAAAAAGUGAAGGCAGAAUAGAAAUCUUGGACAGUAAAAGUGCUGAAUAGACAUGUCAUCAUCAUUUCAGACCAUAAUGAUUUCAGUGUUCUUUUGGAGAGCUAAUCUGUUUCUCGUCAUACUGCCUAUAGAAUAGCUACUGACUGCAUUUCACAUUUCUGGAAGACAUGCAAGUUGUCUUCAAUUCUCAAGAUAGAAGAGAUGAAUGAUAGUAAGCAUAUUUUCUUUCAGAAUGCCAGCAUGGAGGAGAAAAUGAGAAAGAAAACACGUAAUUGGAUGAAAGUUAAGAACUUCUGUCAAGCUAGCUCAGGAAUUUUGAUUUUUGUCUUGCAUUUAUUUUUCCCAGUUCUUAAAUUCUGUUGCACAGAGAUCCCUGGGAAUGCUUCUGUAAUGCCAGGGAACCACACAUCGUUUCAAUUGUACCAGUUCUUCAGCCAUCUUCUCCAGCCAUUGCUUUGAGUAUCUAAAUCAGAGUUACUAGUCCAGCAAGACGCUCUUAUGAGCAGACCAAAAACACUUCAGUCUGCUUUGGCAUGAACUAUAACUUGGAAGGGAAAUGAUAGCUCUGUAUAUGCUGACAUAAAACUCCUUUUACUGUGACCAUGAUGAUGUGGGCUGAUAGGAGUUAAAGUCCAAAACACCUCAAGCAAAGUGCAAACUAAGUCUAGCUAUGGUAGGACUGAAACUCAGUAACCCAAACCAACAUAGCCACUAAUGAUGAAUGCUUGAGGCUGCAGUCUUAACUACAUCUGGAGAGAUGUGUACCGUAAUUUGGAUCUAUGAUCCAUAAGUUGCCCUUCUAUCGAAGAGUUAGCUUUACUUUUACAAUAAGGAGAGGGAAGAUUUUUAUUUCUUGUGGGUAGUAGCUGGUAUGCUCAGAACCUUUAUAGGUAUUUUUUUGGGCACGUGGGAAGGGCCAUUGAAAUCAUGUAGUUUAUUUUUCUGGUGUUUGGAAGGCUCAUAUUUGUAAAAGAGCUUGCCUUAUAUUUCCAGCCACUUCAUCUGAAUUCUAGGAGCCGCCAGUGGCGCAAUGGGUUAAACCCUUGUGCCAGCAGGACUGAAGACUGACAGGUUGUAGGUUUGAAUCUGAGGAGAGUGCGGAUGAGCUCCCUCUAUCAGCUCCAGCUCCCCGUACCUCCCACAAGGAUGGUAAACCAUCAAAACAUCCGGGCGUUCCCUGGGCAGUGUCCUUGCAAACAGCCAAUUCUCUCAUACCAGAAACGACUUGCAGUUUCUCAAGUCACUCCUGACACAGAAAAAAACUGAAUUCUAUGGGAUAAUUUAUUUUGGAAGUAUUUAGUCAAGGAUCCCUUUCAUACCACAAACGUUGAUUCCACUUUAACUUCCACACCUAUAUUGUUUGGAUCGGUGGGGUUUAUAGUUUAAGGAGGUACUAGAGGCUCCUGGGUGGUACUGAAGGCCUCACUAAACUACAAAUCCUAGGAUUCCAUAGGGUAGAACCAUGGCAAUAAAAAUGAAUAAAUAGUGUUAAAUGUA